AUGCCUGAUGAUGACCUCCCUCUUGCUUGGAUUGGCAUCUUGAAGGUAUCUGUCACCUUGAAACAGAAGUGGUGUCUCAUGUAUAACUGUAAUUCACUGGAGGGGCAGGACAAUGGGAAGGAUAGAAUGAAUGUGAGCCAUGGCAGAGUUAAAGGUAAUGAUGGUGAUAGGUUUGGAACAACACAAAUUGAUAGGUUCCAGCUGUUGUGUUGUGCCAAUGCUUCAAACACAGGCCAUGGUCUUCUCAUUUAG